GUCAUUUGGGGUUGUCAAUAUGAUGUCAAUAUGUCAAAAUACAUUGUUUUGACAAAAAGGAAGUUAAAAUAAUUGUUUUUCUGUAAAAAAGGCAGUUAAUUAUAAUAUCAAAAUUUAAAAUAUUGUAAUACUCCAAUUAAUAUUCCAUAGUGCUGCAAAAAUUGCUUAUGGCUUGAGUUAUAGGAUAAAGCAUUUCCAGGUUUAAGUAAGACGCAAUUCAGACAAUAAAACUAAUCAGAUCUUGACAACUUUUCUUAAAAAAAUACACCAAUUUAUCGGAUGGACAUUAGAUUACAUAGCAGUCAUAGCAAUCUUCUGUAAACUAUAAUCUUGUACAAAGAUUAUGAUGUAAUUUAAACUUUAAUAAGAAACAUCAUGCAUCUUCAAAUCAUAUUUUUAGUUUGUAUUAGUAUUUUACAAUUAAGCGAUGCUGAGAUAUAUGCUAUAAAAUUUAACUCUGAUUUCUAUUUUGAAGAAUUUGCUGAUGAACCAGCAAAAUUUGGUCCUUCCUUAGAUGGAGCUGUGAGGGGACUUUUAACAAAUGCUGAUCCUCCCAGUGCUUGUAAUAGCUCCUUACAACCACCUAAACCAUAUAAUUCUACAGUAAAUGAGUUGAAAAAUUGGAUUUUAUUAGUGCCCAGAUAUACUGAUGAUGAAAACUGUACUUUUGAAGUUAAAGUGCGUAUGGCACAAUUGAGAGGGUAUAAUGCUGUGAUUGUUUAUAAUGUUGGUUCGGAUGAUCUGGUGCCAAUGUCAUCAACAAAUUCAACUGGUAUUAAUAUACCAUCAGUGUUUGUUGGUCAGACUUCUGGGAUAAUGUUAAAGGAGAUGUACACAAAUAAAGAUUACUUUGUAGUAAUUACAGCACAAAGCCCAUUCGAUAUUAAAACUCAUUUAUUGAUACCGUUUGCCAUUGUUGUAGGAAUUUGUUUUAUUGUAAUGAUUAUUUUUAUGGUGGUAAAAUACAUCAAAGACCGAAGACGUCAGAGAAGACAUAGAUUACCUACAUCACAACUAAAUAAAUUGCCAACAUGUAAAUACCAAAAAGGAGAUAGGUAUGAAACUUGUGCUAUAUGUUUAGAAGAUUACAUUGAAGGUGAAAAACUUAGAGUAUUGCCAUGUAACCAUGUUUAUCACAUCAAGUGUAUAGAUCCUUGGUUAACUAAAAAUAAAAGGGUUUGUCCGAUUUGCAAAAGGAAAGUCUUUGCCCAAAAUGAGCCACAGGUAGAUUCUGACAGUGACAGCGACACUGACGAUACCACCCCUUUGAUUAGAGCAGGAAAUAGAGGAACGCAGGGUGGCACUUUUGAGGUACAGAAUGAGAAUCCAAUCCAGAGAGCUGCAAGGUCUGUUUCACAACAAUCUGGUGCUGGAAAUUUUGUCACAGCUUCUGACCAUCACAGUAUCAAUGGUGAUAGAGUUAGUACUUUAAGUAGGGAUACCUCAGAUACCGUUGAUACCGAAUCAUCUUCAAAUACGAAUCAAUUUGCCGAAAAUCAAAUCUUUAAAGAUUUGGAGGUCCACGUUCACCAGGCCGAUGCCCAGAGUCAGACGAGUAACAGCGACAUUAACGUUUAG